CUAGGAUUUAUUGUAUAUAAAGAGGGCAUAGCAAGGCACUCUUUUCACAACCCAACCACAAAAAUGGCUUCACUUUCUUCCCCAUACAAGUCAUUCACCUUCUCCUCAGCUAGCUCGUCCUCUUCAUUUCCCUUCCCAAAACCCUCUCAGCUUUGCUUACAUUCCGCAAAGCGUAGCCACCGCCACUUCAAGGUCUCCUGCACCGCCGCAGACGGCGGCGAAUCCCAGCCCAAACUCGACAGGAGAGACGUCAUUCUUGGGCUGGGAGGCCUCUACGGCGCCGCUAGCCUUAUAACUACUCCACUGGCCGCCGUUGCAGAUCCCAUUCAGGCACCGGAAGUCUCCAAAUGCGUCGUCCCUCCGGCCGACUUGCCACCCAACGCGCUCGUAGACAACUGCUGCCCACCCGUGGCCUCCAACGUUGUGGACUACAAAGUCCCGUUUACCAGCCCCGCCGCCAUGAGAGUCCGCCCCGCAGCUCACCGCAUGGACAGAGCCUACGCCGCCAAGUUCGAGAAAGCCAUCGCGCUAAUGAAGGCCUUGCCCGCCGACGACCCGCGCAACUUUUACCAGCAAGCAAACGUCCAUUGUGCUUACUGUAACGGCGGCUACGUCCAAGUCGGGUUCCCCGACAAGGAAAUCCAAGUCCACAAUUCCUGGCUCUUCUUCCCUUUCCACAGAUGGUACUUGUAUUUCUACGAGAGAAUCCUGGGAAAAUUGAUAGGUGAUCCCACCUUUGCCUUGCCGUUCUGGAAUUGGGACACCCAGGAGGGAAUGGUGAUUCCGUCCGUUUUCACUGCUAACCCCAACUCCUCUCUCUACAACGAGAAUCGCAACCAGUCUCACCUUCCACCCACCGUCGUCGACCUUGGCUACGACGGCAAGGACACUCCGGCGACCGACGAAGAUAGAAUUUCCAACAACCUUUUCUUGGUGUACAAGAACAUGGUCUCAAACGCCGGCACCGCCGAAAUGUUCCUCGGAAAGCCCUACAGGGCCGGAGACGCCCCUAAUAGUAACAAAGAGGGCAUGGGCCCUGGUAACAUCGAGAGCGUCCCGCACACGCCUAUCCACAGAUGGGUGGGCGACGUUAAACCAAGAACCCAAAACGGAGAGGACCUGGGGAACUUCUACUCCGCCGGGCGUGACGUCUUGUUCUACUGCCACCACGCAAACGUCGACCGCAUGUGGACUAUUUGGCAACAGCUCGGCGGCGCCGGCAAGGGGCGGAGGAGGGGGAGAGACUUCCCCGACUCCGAUUGGCUGGACUCCACUUUCAUCUUCUACGACGAGAACGCCCAGGCCGUGCGCGUCCGGGUCGGCGACGCUCUGGAUAACCAGAAAUUGGGGUACAAGUACGAGUUUACAAAGCUACCAUGGCUAGACAGCAAGCCUAAGCCUGUUCCUGCUACGAAGAGGGGUUUGGCGGCGAGGUCCACGGCGCCGUUCGUGACGAGCGUGUUCCCGGUGACGCUGGACAAGGUGGUGCAAGUGAAGGUGGCGAGGCCGAGGAAAUCCCGGAGCAAGGAAGAGAAGGAAGCGGAAGAGGAAAUCUUGUUGAUUGAAGGUAUUGAGGUGGCGAUGGACGAGUAUGCCAAGUUUGACGUGUAUUUGAACGACGAGGAUGAGCCGGGGGCCGGGAAAUUGAAGGCGGAGUACGCCGGGAGCUUUGCGAGCUUGCCGCACAAGCGAAAGGGGUCGAUGAAGAUCAGGGCCAGUCUGAGCUUGGGUCUGAAUGAACCACUGGAAGAUUUGGGGGCCGAGGACGACGAUGCCGUGUUGGUGACUUUGGCACCAAAGGUCGGCGGAGGCGUAGUCACCGUUGAUAACAUUAAGAUCGUCUACGGCUCUUAGGCCCGCCGCCGCCGAGCUGUUUCCUAGCUAGGUGCAACUUUAACUCGUUGGAAUAAUUGUGUCUUGUGUCUUGUUCUAGCGUACUGUUGUUAUAGUACUACGUGUUGUGUUGUGUUGUGUUGUGUUCUUCCUGUUUGUACCUCUUUCACUUGCGCUUAUUACGUACUAUAUGGCCAUUAUUGUAUUAAGGUGCAACAUGUUAUUUGGUUAUGGAGCAAUGUUGUUUGAGUUACACA